AGUGUGGCAGAAGCAGCAGUGGUCCCUCUGGGGAAGGAAAACAGUUUAAACUUGAACGUUUGGUGUUCCCUGGUUACUGCUGACUUUUGAGGCCUGGGAAGCCACCCCUAAAAGAAUUCAGAGGACCUGGUAAUGUCUCUGUAUUGUGGAAUAGCUUGCAGAAGAAAAAUUUUACAGUGCUCUAGAUUGCUGUCAACCUAUGUCACUAAGACACGGUAUUUAUUUGAACUGAAAGAAGAUGACGAUGCAUGUAAAAAAGCCCAGCAGACGGGAGCAUUUUACCUCUUUCAUAGCCUGGCUCCUUUGCUUCAGGCAGCAGAAAGUCGAUACAUGGCACCCCGGUUUAGCUUCCUAGAGGUAGAAAGACUCCUGCAUAAGUUUGGACAGGAUGCACAAAGAAUCGAAGAUUCUGUGCUGAUUGGAUGCUCUGAACAGCAGGAAGCAUGGUUUGCUCUGGAUCUAGGUCUCAAUAGCUCUUUUUCCAUACAUGGCUCCUUACCAAAAUCUGAAGUGGAGACAGAGCUCAAGGGGUCUUUCACUGAGCUGAGGAAAGCUGUCUUUCAGCUGAAUUCAGUGGAUUCCUCCUUGCUAUUCACGGCUCAGGCUCUUCUCCGGUGGCAUGACGGUCAUCAGUUCUGCAGCAGAAGUGGGCAGCCCACCAAAAGGAACAUUGCUGGCAGCAAGCGCACGUCUCCGUCCAAUGACAUCAUCUAUUACCCGCAGAUGGCUCCUGUUGUGAUCACUCUGGUGUCAGAUGGGACCCGAUGCCUGCUUGCCCGCCAGAGCACCUUUCCCAAGGGCAUGUAUUCUGCCUUGGCAGGCUUUUGUGAUAUAGGUGAGAAUGUGGAAGAGGCUGUCCGGCGGGAAGUUGCAGAAGAGGUGGGACUGGAGGUGGAAAGCAUGCAGUACUCUGCGUCUCAGCACUGGCCCUUUCCUAACAGCUCGCUCAUGAUUGCUUGUCAUGCAACUGUGAAACCAGGGCAGACAGAGAUCCAGGUGAACUUGAGGGAACUAGAGGCAGCUGCCUGGUUUAGUUAUGAUGAGAUAGCCACAGCACUGAGGAGCAAGGGCCUCUAUAUUCAGCAACAGAAUGAGACUUUCCCCUUCUCCGUGCCCCCCAAGUUAGCCAUUGCCCACCAACUGAUUAAGGAGUGGGUGGAAAAACAGACAUGUGCUUCCCUGCCUGCUUAGCUCAAGCCCUCAAGAUCUCUCCUGGGUAUCACUUAAGGACAUUCUGGAAACCCAAUGUAAAGAAAGUGACAACAGGACCAGCUCCAAACCAGACAUGAUAGCACAUGCCUGUAAUCCCAGCCCUGUAGGAGGAGCAGUUUAAUGAUUUAGAAAGACACUGUCUCUAGCUGGGUAUGGUGUUGCAUGCCUGUAAUUCCAGCUCUUGGGAGGCUGAGGCGGGUGGAUUGCUGUGAGUUUGAGGCCA